AUGGAAUCACACAGGAGAGAAGAAGAGUAUCUGCCACCGACACGACCACACUUACCUCCCUUUUACAGGGAAAAUGCGCCGCCACCUUCCUAUUACGGUGAAAAUCCGCCACCGCCUCCCUUUUACGGCGGAAAUGCUCCACUGCCUCCCUAUACGGGGAAAAUGAGCUUCCCCCUCCUCGACCAUCGCAAGUCCGCCACCGAUUUGAUUUCUGGAGUGAAGGACCAAGUCGAGACUCUUCAUAAGGAGCUUAGUUUGAUGAAAGCGUUUCUCAAGGACUCCAGGGAGAAGCGUAAUGAAUCAGAAUAUGUUAGGGAAUUGGUUAAACAAAUCACCGUGGUUGCUUAUGACGCUGAGGAUAUCAUUGACACAUUUGUUGUCAGCGAAUCAUCUGAGAGGGGGAGAGGAGUGAAAAAAAUGAUCCCUGUAUUUGGUAACAAAAAUCUCCUUAAUGUUGCGAAAGAUAUUGAAUCCAUAAAGACAAAAGUGAAGGAGAUUUAUGAUAACAAGAUAUAUAUAGCUGCACGCCACAACAUACCUGCCAGUGCUUCCAUUACAGGUAGGAUGGCAGCGUACCUGUGA